AUGGCUGAACGCAUAGACUCCAUCAUAGUAAUUAUUUUGGGAAUAUUGAUGAUUUUCAUUGGAACUCUAGGAAAUGUCGUAUCGUUGAUAAUCCUACGGAAGAGAUCAACGCAGGAAUUCAAACUCGUACUAUAUCUCCGAUUUCUUUGCAUAAUGGAUUUGUUAUCUUUAUGUUUUGGACUAAGCCCUUUCAUUCUGAAAACUUUUCUCAUCUCUAUGUCGUUCAACCCGCUCUACGAGAAAAUUUCGCUGUUUUUGUUGAAUAUCUGCUUGCAAGCUUCUUCAUGGCUCACAGUUUUGAUAGCUGUACAGAGAACAAUCGCCGUGCACCAACCAUUUUGUAAUCAACUCAGGCAUGUAAAUAUGUCCCCGAAACGAUCCAUUCUGAAGCUUUUCGGGGUUCUCUGUAUUUUCAACGUUGGAUGUGUUGUCAACAAUGUCACAGGUUUCCUUAGCGAAGAUCAAGUUAUUCGAAUCCAAAUCUGUAUUUAUUGCUUUUUGCCAGCAUUUAUCUUAAUUCUGGCAAGUAUCACCUUAAUAUAUAAGAUAACGCAUAAAAACAUCCGAAGCAAUAGCAGUAGUGUAAAACUGAUAUUGGCACUGAACUUUUCCUUUCUUGUUUCCACCUUGCCUAUAUCUAUAUCACUGGCUUUUCACCCGGUUGCAAAUGAAUUGGACAGUAUAACUGUGUUGGUGCUGUUUGCAAACAACACUUUCAAUUUUGUGAUGUACAUACUAAUCACUCCUGCCUUCAGGAAAGAAUUCAAGGCGAUCUUUCGAAACAAGAUUCAACCAGCUAUUUUCACGGUGAAGAUGUUUGAAAAAGAUCAAGAAUUCUGCAAGAAACUGAAGAAAUCCCUGGUUACAUCUCAUGAACCACUGUGUCCUUGGUCAUCUAAUCCUAGUCCAGGUUGGGAAAUUAUAUUUGAUCAUCCUUGUCUUUCUUUAGAAGCUUGUCAUUUCCUGUUGAAUUAUUAG